CCACUGGGCUUCAGCUACCUUUCUUUUUCAUAUAUUACAUCACCUGGCAAACAGACAAAGCAACAGGAAGGAGUACAGCUGUACUUGCUGGCACAUCUUUCUACUAUAAAAACUUUGAAGCCAUAACGACCUACAACAACAUCGUCCUCUCGGGAAUCUUCUACUACGGCCCGAUGAUCAUUGUGGUCACGUGUACCGCCAUCGUUGUUCUCAUCAUCAAGAGGAGCGCUCGCUGGAGAAAGGUCACUUCUAAGGUCAAGGCAUCAGCUAUAAAUAAAGAGAGUCGUACAACCAGUAUGUUGAUGGCAGUGGCAGCGGUGUACAUCGCCUGUUAUCUGCCCAGUUGUGUCACACUCGUCAUCAACUCCAUCGUGCCAGACUUUGGCAGCCUGGGUGGCCGCUACACCCGCCUCUUCUACCUCGUCAGCGCCCUGCAGCUGCUGCUCUUUGCCUGCAACUCUUCGGUCAACUUCAUCAUCUACAUGCUGAUGAGCCGCAAGUUCUUCAAGACUUAUUGCAGGUUUGUGGGUUAA